AUGUCAGUUGAUAUAUUACAAGUAAAUUGUGAUGGAUGCUGUGAGGUUGCGCACGAACCUUUUAUAGAAUGCUGUGAAUGUGACACGAAUUUGUGUACAACAUGUUUUGCUGCCGGCAGGGAGCUCGGCGACCACAAAAAUAACCACAAGUACGCUGUACGAAGGAACGAUUUCCCUCUUUUCGAAAACUGUAAUUGGUCAGCUAAAGAGGAGUGUAAGUUACUGUCUGCAAUAUCUACAUAUGGAUUUGGAAACUGGGAAGAAGUAUCCAAAGUAGUGCACACACGAUCAAAACUUGAAUGUCAAGAACAUUAUAAGAAGUAUUACAUUGAAAAUGUACAAUAUAAUGAGCUGAAGAUACUACCAGAAACAGAACAAUCCUUGUUCCCCAAGCCAAUUAUACCUUACUUGUAUAAUUUGCAGACAAGUAUUAAUCCCCCCAGGAACAAUCAGUCGGAACAGCAGUUGGCAGGUUACAAUGCCUACAGAUCUGAAUUUGAACUCAGCUAUGAUCAUAAUGCAGAAAAUAUUUUCAAUAUGGAGGACAGUUACUCUGAAGAUGAAGAUGAUGAAGAGUGCAUGGAUGCAUUGAAAGUCAGUUUAGUAAGUGCUCUGAACACAAGGCUGAAGGAAAGGCAGCGACGGUACAAUAUCAUCAAAAACCAUGGUUUGAUAAUGCCAAAUAAAUUGCUUUCAUGGUUGAAGAGGUUUGAUACUACAUUGAUGAGAUGUAAAACCGAAAGAUUAGUUGCAUUCAUGCAAUUCAUGACAGGAAUGCAGUUUGAUGCAUUCAUAGAGGCAUUGAGUCUAGAAGAAGAAAUAAUGCAAAGAAUAUUCAGACUGAUCGACUACCGAAAGAAUGGUAUAAAGACGUUGUAUUCUGCGAGACUUUACAAACAGUUGAAAAGAGAAAAUGCCUUAGCUUUCAAGGAACAGAAAUAUGCUACAUCUAUUAUGCAAAAUACUUAUGAGAGACAGUCUCCUGUCAAAACAAAGCAAUCUAUCCUAAAAGAUGGUUUAAAUAAGAAGUUUAAAAGAACUUCAAUGCCUUUGGAUAUUGUAGAUCUGCCAGGUUUCAAUCUUUUACUGGAUAGUGAGAAAAAUCUCUGUUCAAAUUUGAGGUUGUUACCUCAGAGUUAUAUGGAAAUAAAAAAACAAUUAGUAGCAGAGAAUAAUAAAUUAGGAUGCCUGCGGCUGCUGGAUGCACGAAGGGUGCUCAAGAUAGAUGUCAACAAAACUAGAAAAAUAUAUGACUAUCUUCUAGAAGAGGGCUUUGUAAAUAAACCACCAGCUUAUAAAAAUGGUGCUUCAUAG